AUGAAACCAGGUGAUGAUCCUCCUACUGAUCAAAGGGUAUAUCAGAGGUUAAUUGGGAAACUUCUCUAUCUAACAAUGACUAGACCUGAUAUAGCUUUUAGUGUGCAAACUUUGAGUCAGUUUCUACAAGAUCCUAAGAAGUCACAUAUGGGAGCUGCACUUAGAGUGGUGAGGUAUGUUAAAAAUCAACCAGGGUUGGGAAUUCUCCUAUCUAGUAGUUCAGAAGAAAAGAUUAGUGCCUACUGUGAUGCUAACUGGGCAGCUUGUCCACAAACUAGAAGAUCUGUAACUGGUUAUUUUGUGAAACUAGGAGAUUCACUAGCGUCAUAG